CACUUACCCACAACACAUUCAUUCACAUAAGGGAGAGCUACUUGCAAAGUUAACUUAGAGUGAUCUGCUCUGUUUGCCAGAGGAACAUCACCUCUUCUUCUGGGGCUUUGCUGAGACAACUUUUUGGGAAGAAGUUUUAAACAAACUUAAGAGGCCACAAUGAGCGUUUUCAUUUCUUUUUUGGGGGUGAUUCUCACUUUCUGUCAGACUGGGAGGAAUCCUGUUAGUGCUGGGAUAUGUUGGCUGCAGCAGAGUCAAGAUCGAAGGUGCGACAUGGUGCUGAUGAGAGGGGUGACCAGGGAGGAGUGCUGUGCCGGGAGUCGCCUGGACACGGCGUGGUCCAACACCAGCCUGCCCAUGAAUGAAGUCAGCCUGCUGGGCUUCCUGGGUAUUGUCUCCUGUAAACCAUGCAAAGAGACAUGUGAGGGAGUCAAAUGCAGUCCCGGGAAAGUUUGCAAGAUGAAGACAGGCAGGCCUCAGUGUGUUUGCUCUCCAGACUGCGCUCACAUUUCCCGGAAGCACGCUGUGUGCGGCAGUGACGGGAAGUCAUAUAAGGAUGAGUGUUCUCUGCUUAUGGCGCGCUGUAUGGGACACCCAGACCUUGAGGUCAUGUACCACGGAGAGUGCAAAAAGUCGUGCUCCAAUGUCGUGUGUCCAGGAACUCACACGUGUGUGACCGACCAGACCAACAGCGCUCACUGCGUUAUGUGCCGCACUGCACCUUGCCCAAUACCCAUGCUGUCUGAGCAUCCUAUCUGUGGUAAUGACAACAUCACUUACCCGAGCGCCUGCCACCUCCGUCGGGCCACCUGCUUCCUCGGCCACUCCAUAGGAGUCCGUCACUAUGGCCACUGCAACACUCCACCUCGGAAAUCUCACAUCUCAGAAGGCAGUGAGGAAAACGCAGUCUAGAUGGACGAUUCCUGACACAGCCCUCUUGCAGGAUAUGAGCUGAUCAAAAAACCCUUUUUGCGCCACUAGCUUCCCACCAUGAACUUUUUUUUUUUUGACAAUCACUACCCCUCCCCCUGUCCACAUAUUAAUGGCAGAUGUGAUAUGAAACACCUCUGCUGGAAGUCACAAAUUGGUGUAACUGCCUCAAAAAAAAGCUAUUUUUUGUUAACCAUGUUUUAGUUUGGGAAGUGGAGGCAGAUGAAUGCAUUUGAUAGCAAUAUAUCUCAUGAGCUCUUUGGGAGAUGUGUGCAUAUUGUAAAUAGAAUACCAGUGCUAUUUAUUGGAGAAGGUAUUAAAACUCUAUUUAUGUUUUUUAGCCCAGUAAAAAAAAAAAAAAAAAAAAAAAAUCAUAUAUCCCUGGAAAGCUCAUGCAAAAGAACGUAUUUAUUGUUUUUUUUGUUUUUUUUAUUGUAUAUAUACAGUCACUGGCUUUGGCAUUUUACACUUUUUUACAUUUUUAAAGUCUCCGUUCCCCACAAACAAACAUUUUCCCUCAAGCAAUGCUAAUUUGUUUGGAAAGCUGAUGCUAUUUUGUAGUCUAUUGAUGUGGUUUCAAUUCCCCACAAACAAGAACAUGACAACUACAGUUCUGCUGCAUGUACUUAGGGGUGGUGAGGACGGGGUUCAGUCUAAACAAACCUGUAUAGUCUCUCUCUCCCCCCCACACAUGUUUACUCUGAAUCCUAAGCCAAACUCUUGGCCGCCCGCUGAUCACCAAAAUUAACAGUUUUGUUGUGUUUCUAGGAGUCUCAGAAGACUGUUGGUACAACCCCAAGCCCACUACAAUACCUCCUCUGUUGAAUGCUUGGCUUUAUUUUUGUAAAAUAUUUUUUGUACGUCAUGCAAGUUUGCUCUGAUGCUGUUUCGCUGCUUUGCUUUUUUUUUUUUUUUUUUUUUAAUAAAUUUAUGGGACAGACAAAUGUAAUUAGCACCGCCUGACUUAAAGGAAGAUUAAAUUUGUCUGGGAAUGAAGUGCAAUUUGGGCCAAUUGAAAAUACCUGAUUAUACUGCCGUCAGAGUCAAUCUGCCGUAACCCUCCACACAUCUACACAAGUACCCAAUUCCAAGUGGUCAAGUGAUAUUCAAUGUUUUAAACUCAAAGCAAAUGCCUGGAUACUUUAAACAGUCUUACUAGUGUAGUUUAAAACAUGUUCAUUUUACUUCUGUAAAUAACAGUCUUGUGUGUACCUACCUGUGUACCUACUGUGAAAUUUGAAUGAUAAAUGCAUCAACAUAUUUUUGUAUUUUUGUACUGCUGUUGUAAAACAACAUAAAGUUUCACGUGUCA